AUGCCGGCCUCCGCGUCGCUGCCGCGGCCGCUCGCCAUCCACUCUCCGCUCCCUCGCUCGCCCGGCCUCCGCCUCCGCCGGGCGCGCACAGGCGCAGGGAUACAGCCCUCCUCCUUCUCUCCUCCUCCUCCUCCCCCGGCCCGGCCUGGCCCCCGCCCCGCGCCGCGCCCGCCCGCCCGGCUCCGCGCUCCCGCCGCACCGCCCGCCUUCUCAGGCUGGGAGCGAGCGGGCGGGCAGAGGGCGGCGCGCACGCAAACGGCGGCGGGCGGGCGAGCGCCUCGCGGCCCGGCGGGCAGCUCCGCCUCGGGCGGGGCGCGGGGCGAGGGCGGGCGCGCGCGGCCCACGGGCGCCCGUGGGCAGGGCGAGGGGUCGGACGGGGGGAGCCGGCCGCCGCCGUCGCAUUCCAGCGGGACUAUUUCCCGCGUUGUUUCGCACGCACGCCUCCGCCGCCUUUUUGGGUGCGAUGCGGUUGUCGGAGCAACACCGGCCCGGGAGGGACGGGACUACUUUCAGUCACAGAGCGGUGGCGGCUGCACAAAGGCGGCCGCUCCCCUUCGCCCGCAGAAGAUGCUGCCUGGUGUCCAGGAUGAGAACUGCAUUUCUUUGUGGCUGAAAAAAUCCUUACAACAAAAACUUCACAGAGAAGGUCCUGGAGUUCAGCAGAGCAUAGGGGAGAGUUUGGACUCCUGCUGAUGGUGUAUCCAAGAUCAGGCUGUUUAUCUACUGCUUCUUUUCUCCUCUUCCAUCUCCCAGGGAGUUGAAAACAACACUGCCUCAGGAUAUGCUUCUUCAGCUGUAGUACUUUCAGCGUGAACUGUAUAGGAUUCUGAUUUUAAUUUGGCACUGCCCACCAGGCCACAGGGCAAGUCCAGUACUUUCCUUAUGAAAGCCACAUAGCCGUGGCUGUAUUUCAAAGCUAAAUUAUAAAAAGUCAUUUUAGAAAGUUUGAGUGCUAAAAUUUGUAAAGACCUGUAAUGCUAGGUUGAUACAGCUAAAACAUCCUUUCAAAAGAGAUUGCGUUUCAGACUGACAGAUACCAAAACACUAUUUUAUUUUAGUUUGCAAAGAUUUUCAAAAACAGACAGCAUCUGGGUUCUAUUAACAACAACAUGCAUGCAUUUUAAACAACAACAAUUUAAGAAUACUUCACUUUCAGAACACUUUCAUGGAGCUCAGCAUUUUGCCGUAUGCAUUCAUAGGAUUUACCAAUUAUGCUUUGCCUUUGAAGUUUAAAAAUUAGUUACUGGUAAAGGAUUGUACAUUUGUUCACACUAUUUUAGUCAUAGGGAUAAAUUACUAGAAUGUAUGCCUUAUUAUGGUCAAGAAAGGUAAGUUACAGUAAUUAGCAAUUGUUCAUACAACACUUCAGUCUUUGUGUAAUAUACACAUUGUGACAUACCAUCUGUGCACAGGAAAGAGCUCAUUUGCAAUUUGAAGUAGCUUCCUCUGAGCUAAAGUGCAGUAACAAGGAUGCACAUGGGAAAGCUGCAGUUCGUGAUAGCAAAAGAGAAUCGCCCUUCUGCAGAUCAAACUCUGGGGAGAAGAUUUAUGAUUAUGUUUAUUUACGUCUAUAUUUUUCUAGAUUUAUAUUUAUUUAGCCUGCAAUUCAGUCAAGACACCUAGCACCUCAAGAAAAUGGUUAUGUAUCCUUAACUGUGAUAACACUUCAGGGGGGUUGUUUUUAUUAGCUGUUAAAGAAGUUCUCAAACUGUUCCAGAAAAGCAGGAUGAGUGACUUGCACGCUUCCUUAGAGCAGAGAAGAGUGCCCUCUGAUGGCUAACCUUUUAGGUUUAAUAUCUACGAUGUUCAUGUCAACCUCCAUUUAUUAAAUUCAAAAAGCAAAAUCACAAAAAUGCAAGAUGCUGCAGCGUGUCAUUAUUUCAAGAAAAAGAAAUUAUCUGGAUUUAUUUAUAGAUAACAGUUAAAAAGAGGGGUGGAGGUAUAUUCUUAAUUUUUUCAUUAAAUUAAUAUUAGCCAGUUUUUCUAAGAGCAAAAUUAAUGCAUUUGAUAGUUCAGAACUGUUACCUGUAUGUACUCUCUUAUCUAAGUUUUAUUUUACUGCGAUAAACUUGCUUUAAGGCUUGGAACAGUAGCAUGCAGAACGUGUACAAGUCCCUAAGUCCUCAGUUUAUUUCAGAACAAUAAAAGUGUUUGUGAAUGCCCUAAGGCAUGACACCACUCUUCAGUGAGUGAACUUGCUUUUAAUUCUUUCUUCGUUCAGAUCUUGAACUCAAAUAUUAGCAAUGCUGAUAACAGUUGUUAUUAGUCCUUGCUCACUUUUCAAAGCAUGAAAUCCAAGGAUAACUGUCAGCGGCUGAUUCUACCCAUUUUAAACAUGCCUUUCCCAGUAAUUUCAAGACAGCUAGAGAAUUUCUGGUUUAUUAGAAUCAUACUGAUCUGUAAAUCAGAGAUACAGGAUUUGAGGGGAAUGGCCAAAGUGAAAACCAAAUUCCAAAUUCUCUCAUUUACCCCACUGUCAACUUGCAGCAGCACCAAGUACUGUAAAGGUAAACAUGUAUGUCUCCACAAAAGGUAUUUGAAAUACAGGCCCAGAACAGCAGAAAGCCCUGCACACAUUACCCCUUGGCAUUGGCUAAAAACAUCACAUUGAUUUAAUUGCCUGUUAGAAUAGGAAUGAGUGUGGGUCCUCAAAACUGUUCUGGUUCUGUAUAUAAAGAUUUUUGUGUCUUAAGGCCUGUAGCUCAGUCUUCAUGUGAUGACAGGAUAGAAGAGGCAAUUAUAUAUGGCUAAAGUCUCAUUUGCUGCUUUUCCAUAGUUCUUCAAAUAACUUCCUUACAGCAUGGACUUGCAUAAAGCUGAUGUCAAAUAGUUGUCAGCUAUUUAUAAGCUGACAACUAAAUGUAGAUAUGUGACAAAGGAAAGCACAGAGAAAGAUACGUGCCUCAAAUAUACUUAUUAAAACAGUUGCACCCGCCAUAAAGAUAUUACUAAAGAAUCUUCAUACUCAGUUAUGAAUUAAAUUGAUUCUGUUUUCUCUUCUCAUAAAAAAAAAAUGAAGCUAUCCAACCAAUUCCUUUUCCUUUACUAUUCCCUCACCUCUCCAACCAACCCCACAGUGACAGUAUUUGGUCAUGUAGAUCUUUGAAUAAAAGACAGCAAAUUGUGUUUGCAUAGGCCUGACACAUAAAGCUCCUUCCAGUGCCUUUUUUGGUGUCAGAGCUUUGCAGUUAAUGCAACUUGUACUAAUUUUUCCUUACCACAAUUGUGAAAAAUCUAAUACCUUUAGAAUGAUAUUAAAAGGGCUUAUACAGAAUAAAAUCCCCAUUUAAUCUUGGCAUAUUAAGAAAUCUUUUCUUUGAACAUUAUGUAUAAAAUGCUAUUUUUCCCCAAAACACUUUUUUUUUUUUUUUAAUAUGAAAAGCUUGAGGAGUGGUAAGAACCAACAGUUUAGAGCACUAUCUACACUUGUGGUUUAGGAACCUUGGCAGAGGAAAUGUUAGUGAGAAUGUACAUGUGCUUCUCAUGGAAUUCUGUGGCAAUAAAUCGUGAACCCAAUGUACCAAAAGGUGUCCUGGUCACUGUGUUAAAAAACAAACAAACAAACAAAAAACAGUGGGAACCAAAGACCCAAACUGCUUAAGAAUAGGAGGAAAAAUGUUCUCAGAGCACUGUGUAUACCAGUUAUUUAGUUACUGCUUCCACUUCAUCUACCACCCGUUACUUCUCACAUACUAUAGCUAUUAUGAAACAGCAAGGUUUGAGUAAACUGCACUACCUCUCUGUUUAUUUGGUUUACAGUACACAGUGAUCACAAGCAGAAGAGAUACAGCUAUUCAUCUCAUUUAUUGCCCCAGUAGCUCUCCUAGUUUCUGCACACAAAAUGUUGAGUACUCAGCUGUGUACCUGACAGGUUUUUUUGAAUGUUCUUUUCAACAGGAACAUGCUAUGAUUUAUACCUGUAUUAAGACCAAGUAUUUGAGAUACCUGCUUGUAACAUAGCUGGAACACUUGUAAUGACUCUUUAAGACAAAUAAAGGACAAAAUCUGC